AUGAACACUGAGAACUACAUGGGCUCCACGAGGCGCUGCUGCAAGAACGAUGGGUGCAACCAGGACCCGCUGCCCGCGUUCGUGAGAAACCACACAGAGAAUGGCCUUCGGUGUCCUUCCUGCAUCGCUGCCUUUACGGAAACAUGCACUUCGACUCAGGAAACAGUCUGCGUUGGUGAGGAAACCCACUGUGUCGCCGUGUCUGGCCUCGCACAGCCUGCUAAGGGGCACCUGGAAUUCGGGAGGAGGGCACAUCAAUUAGAAUUCUCUCCACACAACUUUAACAACCUGCUGACCUCUGUUCUCAUAAGCCCCUGA